AUCGAAACUAAUAAUCUCAAGUAUUUAUCCUUUUCCCAAAAAUCAUAUACUUCUGUGGUGUCUAUAUAUACACCCAAUACUUACGUACGUGUCUAUAAGUGUGUUAGUAUUACGGCUAAAUGGGUCGGAGGAUAUCAGUGGUGUUGCUGCUGGUUUCUGCAUAUGCUUUUAUGCUAUUCUGUUUUGCUACCGCGGGCCAGGACUUUCAGAUACUCUGAGUAUGCAACCACUUUCGGGACAACUUUCAGAGCUUAAUGAUCCAAAAUAUGUGAAUGCCCUUUCAGCGUUGAAGUAUUUGUCUAUUUACGAGUGUGGUAUCAGUGGUUCCAUCCCCCUAACGUUUGGCAACUUCACAAAUUUGAUACAAGUGGACCUCCAUGGCAACAAAUUAAGUGGACAAAUCCCUGAAUAUUUUGGCAGUCUCCCAUCACUAAAUGUCUUGAAGCUCCAAGACAAUCUCUUGAGUGGUAAAGUUCCUCAGAACCUCAUUUUAAAAUCGGAAACUAUGUUGCUUAAUGUCUCAAACAAUCCCCAAUUGGAUGUCUCACAAUUUUCUCCACCAACCAUCUCCUUGUCACCUAUCACAACUCCUAUCAGCAUUGGAUGGAUAAUUAUGACCACAAUCACUUGUGCACUUGGAUUUUUAUGGUAGCCAGCGUUGCUAAAGAAUUUACAUUGGACCUUCAGUGGGAGAGCUUAUAAAGCAUUUGACUUUUUUACCACUUUAUAUAUUACUCUCGUUUAUUACAUACUGUUUUACUUUCAGACACUCAUACUCCGUCCAAAACUAUUAUACACAACAUGUUCAACUUUUUCACCAAACACGUAACUUUUGUUUUCGCGUGCUGAAUUAUGUAAUAAUAAGAAAAAAUAUGGUUGGGGUUACUUCUCUAACUGUGUUGGUUGAAGUUAUUGUAAAUGACCAUUUUAGCCGAUGCAGCUACUUCAGCCAGAACUUCAUAAAUUUCAGCAGAAUCA